AAGGAAUAUAAUUAUUACAAAUAAAAGUGGUGUAAGAGACCGUCGACAUGAUUUUAUAUGGUAAUAGUCUUUUGGUAUCGAUCCCCACUACAGUCUACCUCAAGAUUUGGUCAAGUUAUGAAUAUAUCGUGCGAAUAAUAUGCACACAAAAUCUAUAGAUAUAUGCUAUACGUACGAAACAGGACGGACGUAUAAUAGUACUAUACCAAUAUUUACGAUCGGUGCACGACCAAUAGAAACGGUCAACGGCGUUAGUCCUCCCCCCCAACCAACGCCGUCCGGUGCCGCGUCGCUGCGAUCCUCGAGUAACGCGUGGACACUAGACAUCGCGACAUCGUCACUCGUCAGUCUACAGGACACUCCGCCGUCGCCAAGACAUCGCACUCUAGCAGGACCUCUGAAUCUUUUCCGAUCAUUUUUACCAAACGACUUCCACAGCAACAGUGAUACACUUACGGUUAUGGACAUGAAUUUCGGUACAUUAUUGGAUUUGGACCGCGGUCAACACGACGACUUGGAGCCCGCCGCCGCCGCCGCCAACUCGUCGAUCACGGUGAUCGUGCCGUCGAGCAACAACAACAGCAGCAACAGCAGCACCAGCAGCAGCAGCCGCAGUACGCCGUCAAGCUUUCCGCCGGUCACCGACUACCGUCACCAGCACCGCCGCCUGCACCACCAACAGCACGUCCACCUCGGCGCCGCCGUCGACGUCCACCGCCACCAACGCGACCGCGACGACCGCCUCGACGGCGUGGACAGCAACAUGCACGCGACCCAAUUGUCCUCGUCGGCCGUCAACGGAUACGACACCAUGAUGAUCGCGGGAUACAACAACUACUGCAGCAGCGCGGCCGCCGCGUACGAUCCGUACAACGGGUACGCGCAAACGUUCGCUCCGCUGCCUCCGUACGACGACAUUCGUAACUCGGCUCCGCUGUUGCCACUAUUGCACCCACAGCAGCACAUGCCACAGCAACACGGUUCCGCGUUGAUCGGCAACGACGACAUGCAGACCACCGCAGUCAGUGUGCAGCGCAAGCGGGAAAAGCAGAAGCGCCAGAGGACAGCUUACUCGAGCGAACAACUGAUGCACUUGGAAGAGUCGUUCACGGCAAACCAAUACUUGAACAGAGCCAGGCGCAUCGAUCUGGCUCGCACGCUAAGACUUACCGAGAGACAGAUCAAGAUUUGGUUUCAAAACAGGCGCAUGAAAGAAAAGAAGUCCAAGAGGGAUUCCGGCCAAGUGGAAUCGACCAGCGGUGGCGUGACGGCCAUGACGCCGGUGGCCUUGGCUGCGAUCAGCGGCCAGCCGCCGCCGCCGCCGCCGGCUUCGGUACCGGUAACCGUGGUGUCCAGUUGCGGCGGUUACGGCGCCGCCGGUCAUUACGCCGCGGACCACGGCUGCUCGCCGCCGACCGUCAACAUGGCGAUGAAGUACAGCCCGUCGAGCACGUACUCGACGCCGUCGCCGCCGGGCGUCGUCCAGCACCAUCAUCAGCACCAUCAGCUCGCCGAACAUCAGCGCCCGGGACCGUCGGGCACGCUGCACCACUUUUCGUCGUACGCGGCCAACAUGUACAACGGCGCGGGGGGGAUGGGCUCUUGCACGAUGCCGCCCACGUACGAGGAAACCGUCAACGGGCAACAUCAGUCCGUUCCGCUUCCGCCGCAAGUGCACCUGCACUGGUAUCCGACUUCGGUCAUAGCGUCUCACGACUCGUCGGCCGCCGACGGGUUGCAGUGACUCGUCGUCGUCGUCGUCGUCAUCGUCGUCGUCGAGCUUUUCACGGCGUCGACCGCCGCACAGUUUGACGGGGGAGUGCCGAAAGAGGAGGGUCCGACUCGUGCUUCCGAUGCGAUCUCGGUCCGGGAUCGAAUCGGAAGCUCGUCGUCGAGCCUUACCAUCAUCUCGGUUUUACAUAUUAUUAUUAUUUUUUUCUCUUUACGUUUUAUUAUUUUCAUUUCGAUUUCGUUUUUUUUUUUUUUUCAUGUAUAUUAAUAUCUUAAUUCUUGAUAACGGCCGUCUGGGCGACGACACGCGCCCGUGGGUUUUCAAACACCAUAUACUUGGAACUGAUUAUUUUUAUUUUUUCGUCAUUAUAUUAUUAGGUACUAUAUUUGUUUUCCCCGUUACAAUUAUACUUUAUACAUAAAUUAUAUACUAUAUACCUAUACGCUCUAUACGUGAAAAUCUAAAAAAUAUUUGAUAUCAUAUCUUUACCUUUAUUAUUACUAUUAUUACAUGUUAUAUCAUUAAACUAGCACAAAAUUAUUCUAUGCACACUUGCAUAUUGUUAUACUAUAUCACACAUAACUACCUGUAAUAUUGUAAUCUUCGAAAUGAAAAAGAAAAAGAAAAAAAUAUGACCAUAACACCAUUAUAUACAUAUAUAUUAUAUAAUAUCAUAUAACACAACUAUAUUAUAUUUAUAUUUUUUUUUAUUAUAGCUCAAACUGUUUAAUUGACUUUACUAACCUGUAUAUCCAUGCCGAUUUUUAUACUCUACAUAUUUUUAAUCACCAAGUAAACAUCAUAUUAUUAUAUAGGUAUAUAUUGUUUUAUUAUUAAUAAUAAUAUUAAUUAUAUCAUUAUUUUGUAAAAAAAAACAAUGGGAUGCGCUCAAAUUGUUUUUUUUUUUAUUAUUAUAAUUAUUAUUAUUAGAUAUUACUGUUACAACGACCACACACGAGUUAUGGAUAUUUUUAUUUUAUAAUUAUAGUUAUAUCGGUAGGUACCGCGUGAAAACGAUUGUUUCCGAUGCGUUUUUGUUUUAUAAAAAUUUGCCAUUUUCAAUCAUAUUGACAAUAUUAUAUAUUGAACUUUUACUUUGUAUUGUUAACUACAAUUGUGCUUUUUAUACUUUUUUAUUGUGUAAAUCUUCAUUACAAUAUUGUGUGUAUACAUUAUACACUCGUUAACGUUUUAUAAAAGUGAAAAUUAUGUUUAAAAUAUUUUAAUGUUUUAUAGUGUAUUUAUUAGGUUAAUAUACUCAAGUGAUACA